AGUAUUUCAGAAAAUCUUGAACAAAAACUGGAAAUAUUGAUGUGUGAUGGAACUCGAAAUACAGGGAUUUCGGACGUAUUUUGUAAAGUUUAUGUUUCGACUUAGAGUAAUAGCAGUAAGUGCUGUUGGCCGGAUUUAGAGAUUCCCAUUUUUAGUUCUGGAAGUUAAAAAUACUUCUUUUGAAGUUUUAAAAGUCUAAGUCAUAUUUUGAGUUGAAGACAUUUGAUACCAAACUUAGAGGUCUUACAAAUACAGUACAACGACAAUGUCAUGGGUUUGAUUAUUGUCAUUGUUAAGUAGUACAGCUUCGAGUACAAAUCGUUAACUAGGUGUAGAAAUGAAUAAGAACAGCUUUGUGGAAAUCAGUUUCCUGGAUAUGUCUUAGUACAAAAAGAUCCCUCUACAAAAACAAAACUUGGCAAACAUCAGAAGUAAAACAACAGUGGUGUGAAACAGCAUUCAAGAGGAACUAAUAUAAAACAGUGUAACAUACUACACAUGGAUGCAGCUAAACUUUACACUUGUGUAAUAUGUGGUGAAGGAUUUGUAACAGAUUAUGAGCUAAUAAUACGUCAGAGAAUACACACACUGAGAAGAAUUAAUACAUUUGUUUAAUUUGUGGGAAAUGUUUUAGAGUGAGCUAAAUAUGCAUCAGAAGACACAAACUGGGGAAAAGCCAUACAGUUGUACAGAAUGUGGUAAACAAUUUAAAAGAAGUAGUCACCUAAAAGAACAUCAUAGGAUACAUGGUGGGGAAAAAAAACACACUUGUGUUGUAUGUAGUAAAAAAUUUGUAAGUAAAAGUAGACUAAAGAGUCAUGAGAAGAUACAUAGUAUGGAGAAGCCAUACAGCUGUGCUGUCUGUGGAAAAAAAUUUCUAAGUAACAGUUACCUAAAGAUUCAUGAGAAGAUACACACUUUGGAGAAACUAUACAGAUGUGUAGUAUGUGAAAAACAGUUUGUCAGUAAUAGAUACCUAAAGAGACAUGAGAAGAUACACACUAUGGAGAAAUCAUAUAGUUGUGCUGUAUGUGGAAAACAGUUUCUAAGUAACAGUUACCUAAAGAUUCAUGAGAAGAUACACACUUUGGACAAGCCAUACAAGUGUGUUGUAUGUGGAAAAUGUUUUGUCAGUAAUAGAUACCUAAAGACCCAUCAGAAGAUACACACUGGGGAGAAACCAUACAAUUGUGUUGUAUGUGGAAGACAAUUUGGAACAAAAAGUAAUCUUGAAAUACAUGAGAGGUUACAUACUGGGGAAAAACCAUACUGUUGUGUAGUGUGUGGAAAAAAUUUUUUAUGUAAUAGUUACUUAAAGACUCAUGAAAAAAUACACACUAGGGAGAAACUAUACAGUUGUAUUGUAUGUGGUAAAAAGUUUUUAUGUAGACGGUACCUAAAGAGUCAUGAGAAAAUACACACUGGGGAGAAAUUAUACAGUUGUGUUGUGUGUGGUAAAAAAUUUUCAUGUAAUAUGUAUCUCAAGGCUCAUGAGAAGAUACACACUGGAGAGAAGCCACACAGUUGUGUUGUGUGUGGAAAACAAUUUGUCAGUAAUAGUUACAGAAAGAUUCAUGAGAAGAUACACACUGGGGAGAAACCACAUAGUUGUGUUGUAUGUGGAAAACAAUUUGGAACAAAGAGUAAACUUAAAAUACAUGAAAAGACACACAGUGGGGAGAAACCAUACAGUUGUGAAGUAUGUGGCAAAAAAUUUUUAUUUAAUAAAUACCUAAAGAGUCAUGAAAAGAUGCACAGUGGAGAGAAACCAUACAGUUGUGUUGUGUGUGGAAAACAGUUUGUCAGUAAUAGUUACAUAAAGAUUCAUGAGAAGAUACAUACUGGGGAGAAGCCAUACAGUUGUGUAAUAUGUGGAAAACAGUUUGGAUCAAAAAGUAAAGUUGAAAUGCAUGAGAGGAUACACACUGGGGAGAAACCAUACAGUUGUAAUGUAUGUGGGAAAAAAUUUGUAUGUAAUAGUUACUUAAAAAAUCAUGAGAAGAAAGGAUGCACAUCGAGGAAAAACCUUACCGUUGUGGAAACUAAUUUGUGAGAAACAGUAAUCUAAAAAUACACCAGAAAAUAUGCAGUGUAGAGAAACUGUUAUUAGUUUUGGAGUUUGUGGGAAAAAAAUGUUUUUUUUUCUCCACUGCGGGAAAAAACUUAAAUUUUGAUCUAAAACCAUGUCAAGGAUAACACACUGUAAAAAAUCAUACUAUUAUGUGAAAUUUAUAAGUAAAAGUUUCAUAAAAAAAAAACAGACUGGGAGAAUCUUUAGAACUGUACAUUGUAUGACAAGGCUCUUUUACUAAGUAUUUUCUAACUCGGCACCAGUGGAUAGAGUAUCAGUUGGACUGGAACUGGAAAUUUACCUAUUAAGUAACGCAACAUUCAAAAAUAGAACUUAAGAAGAUUAGUCUGCAUUCAUUGAUCAGUUGGUUGCCCUCUUUGUUAUCAAUAUUCUUUGAAGUAUUCCACUUACAAUAGGGAAAUCAAUAGGAAUAGUUUCCUUAGUCCAAUAUAAGUACAUGUGAUUUUACUGUUAUAUUCUCUUAAUUUUUUCUACUUGUUUCACUAUUGUGAAACAUUUAGGUUUUGUAGCCUGUUCAGUUGAAUGAGCACCUACUAUUGUUUCAUUGAACAUCAAAAUUAAAAGUGUAUUGGAUUUCUGAUGGCUUUUCUUUGCAUAUAGACGCUUGAUAC